AUGGUACACUUUCAGGGGUACCAUCCAAUCAGAUUUUUCAGUCUUUCGUCUACAAAUUUGAUGGCUUUACAGAAGCUUUAAUCUCUCUCUCUCUCUCUCUCUCUCUCUCUCUCUCUCUCUGACUCAAAGCCCAAUACUCCAUCAUCACCAUUUUUCUCAGGUCAGUCACCUCCCAUUUAUUCAUUUUACUUUUCUUUUUCUUUUUUCAAUCUAUAUAAAUCUCUUUCUCUUUCCAUGAUUCCACAACUUUUGAGAGAUUUCAUUUUCUCCUCUAUUUCAAAGCUUGGAGAGUCAGAAAUUUAUUUCUUGACAUUUUCUUUCAACACGAUCUUGGACUCUUCUCUAGACAAUUGAUCUACAUAUAUUGGCUGGUCCGAAUCUCUUCGUUCCUCCCCUCUGCUCUAGACUUCUGUGUCUUGAUCUUCUUGACCGUGUUAAGCCUGGCUGAUAAAUCAGAGCAUACACGUAUGGAGAAGAACAGGUUGAGCAACAACUUGAAAGACCAUGGUAGAGCCAUUAGAGAUUCGAACAACAAAAGAAUAAUCCACUGCAGCCAAAGCUGUGAAGAAGACUACAUCAAUGGGUUCUCAUGGCCUCCAAGGUCUUACACGUGUAGCUUCUGCAAAAGAGAGUUUAGAUCUGCUCAGGCUUUGGGGGGCCAUAUGAAUGUUCACAGGAAAGACCGAGCCAGGCUAAAAAACUCACCCCCAAUAGAUGCUCAGUACACUAGUACCAUUUUUAACCUUAACCUUAACCUUAAACCUAACCCUAACCCUAAUUUCUUAUCAACAUCAUCACCAUCAUCAUCCUCCUCUUUGGUAUCGCCAUUUAGUAGCUCAUUAUCACUACCCUCUUUGAUAUCACCUCCUCUUCCUCCUCAUCCACCACCUAUAUUUUCGGUACCAUCUAGCGAAAAUAUGAAAUGGGUUGUGGGAGGCACCCUUUUUAAUCAUCCUUUAAACCUCAAAGCUUCGGAUUUAAGUAGUAAAUUGAAGGGUGCAAAAUCUUUGUGUGGGGUUGGACAAGAAGAUCAAGAUGGGUGCAUAAAGACUUUGAAGAAGGCAGCCGAUCCUCGUCAAAUUCUUAGGUUGGAUUUGGAGAUUGGUAUGUUUGGUGACACAAAUAAGGAGGACUUGGAUUUGGAACUUCGGUUAGGAUACUCCUAGCUUUCGCUAGCUAGCUAGUGAUGAACAUUUUCAAGCAUCCUUUUAGUUAAGAAGGUAUGUUCACUUGGUUUAGAUCAACUUAUGAAGAGGCAAAAGAAAUGUUAAUGUUGGAUGAGAUGCUUCAAUGUAAGAGAAUAUUAGUUAAAUUAGUUGUCUUAAUGGUCGUUGUUAAACUGCGUUUUCCCACAACAUAUAUAUUUGGCAUGUAAUCCUCUAUUGUAAGCAUAUUAUUUCAUCGAUCA